CUAUCGUUAAACGAAUACUCUUUGCCCUGGUCAUCGGCCUUGAGGCACCCCCAACGCUCUGCCGUAGUGGAAUCGUCUGUAAUAACCUUGGUGAGAGCUAGUUGAGCGGCUGAAGAGCGGCGACUCUGGCGAGAGAGGCUGAGCGGCGGACAUGGCGGAGACCGAGCGGUCGCCACACGAGUACAGGGAGACACACGCUCAUAACAGAGACGGGGACGGCGUCAAAACGGCAGCACCGCUGCGGGGACGUGGCUGUGGAAGAAAACGCAAAGGUACACCUGUGAAAGUCUUUGUUACGUCCGCUGAUGAGGAGAACAACCAUGAGCAGACACUCUGCAGAGGUGACCGUAAGGAAGCUGCUGAGAGUAAACGUCCCACACCGGAUGGGUCUCUCCCUAAGACAGAACCAUCUCCCACCAGCUGCGAUCCAUCAGAGCCGACGCAUGAUAAAAUUUCCAACACAUCCAAGGCUAGCUCCAGCUCAGCAACCACACCGGCUUCCUCUUCAGCUCGGACGCCAACCCCAGUGCCCGCUCCCGCGCCGGCGACCUCCGCUCAAGCUUCUUCUGUGACCUCCACAUCUACAGCGCCGACUGCCCCUGUCGCCUCUGCUACCGCCCCGGCAAUCGCCUCCUUCCCACCUUCCCCCAACUGUCGCAUCAGAGAGGUUCACUGUGGCAGCCAAGUGCGACUGGUCGUCAUUGCAAUCCGAGACAUCACCAAAGGGGAGGAGAUCACUGUGGACUACAGCCUGACCGAGUGGGGCGAAAACCUGGGUUUCCGUGGUUCCAUGUCUCCAGCGCAACAUGAGUGUAAUUCUGACACGGAGAAUAGCAACAUCAAAAAGGAGGAUGAGCCUAUGUCGACUACCCAGCGACCGAAGAAACAACAGCAGUACCAAGACUAUGUCACUCCCUCUUGGUCCCUUUCCCCCUCUUCCUCACCCAUCUCGCAUUCUGACGCCAGUGAGUCCGAUGCAGGAGAUGAGGACAACGCAAGCCCCCGCGGGCGCACCCCACGUCGGCGCAAGAAGCGCCGUGGCACGCCUUCGAGGAAAAAGACCCCUCAUCGGACUCAGUCUGGGCACCCAGCGCCUGCUUCCUCCAGUCGUCCUCUCCCUUCCUCCCACCCUCCUGUGCCCUCUCACCCCGGCUCCUCUUUCUCCACCUCAACCAAGCCUGUGUUUAAAGCUCCUGCUCCUCUCAGCCCAAACAGCACAUGCAACACAGAUGUUCCCCGAGGAGGUGUGUCCAUCGACUCCACGCGCCAAACUUGUGACUACUGCGGACGCCACUUCCGCUCAUUGGGCCGCCAUUUGGACAAACACCAUGCCCACCAGCCGGACGUGUGCUCUGCACUCGUGGAGCGUUACACUCAGAUGCCCCGCCUGAACACGCAUAACACAAAUGUCGCCGCGGCCCACGCUAAUCACAACACAAAGGCGGCACCUGUUGCGACACAAAGCCGAGCAGAACAGAGCGGUGUUCAGGAUCUCUCCUUAUGUCCUCUGACCGUAGCCAAACAAUCGCCGGCCCCAGAAUCACCCGCAACGACGCCUCCGCGAGGGCAGAACGCCGUGGCGGUGUCGGUCCUGAAGAGGAGCCCGCCACCGGUGGCUGUGACUCCACCCAGAAAGGGAGGAGGGAGGAGACUGAAAAAAGAACGCCUGGAUGAAGAGGAAGAUGAAGAAGCUGUGGACGUACUGCGAGCAAAGAGGCCCAAAGAGGACGAUGUCGAGGUCGGCUGUGCUCAGUCUAUCAGAAACGAAUCGUCCAAAGAGAUGCCGAAGCAAAAAAUGGAGGAGGAAGAAGAGGAGGAGGAAGACGAGGACGAGAAUGGUGUGGUGGAUGUGGAUGAUGAAAGCGGGACCGAGGAUAAGGAAAAAGACUCGCUAAGUUCUGGGCGUCACCAAAUGCUGCCCCUCCUGUCGUCUUUGUCGUCCCUCGUUCUGUAUCUGCGCCGGCUGCAGCAUUCGGCCUUCCUGUCGCUGUCUCGGCAGCUGCAAUCAGCCGAGGCCUGGCGACUCCUCUGCCACUCCAGCCUCGCGCUCCUCAUCCUGUACAACCGACGACGCGAGUGUGAGGUCUCCAAGUUGUCCAUCACAGAGUACCGAGCGCGUGUCACUCCUCAGUGCCCCGUCCCCGUUCCCCCUGGCUCUCCGCCAGCUCUCACGCCACUGGAGGCCUCUCUGUCUCCCUUUGAGCGGCUGGUUCUUUCCCAUCUCCCGCGGGUCGGUGUCCAAGGCAAACGUGGCCGCAUCCAGCCCCUUAUUCUGCCCCCUCACUGCGAGCCCUGCCUGGAACUCCUCCUGCAGACACGUCAAGAUGUGGGCGUUGACCCGGUCAACCCUUACAUCUUCGCCAGGCCCUACCACUCCCCCGCCACACCCCUGCGAGGCACAGACCUCCUCCGAAGCCUGGCCCGCUCCAGCGGCACCCGCAAUCCCAGAGCCCUCACUCAGACCAGGGUACGACGGCAGGUGGCCAUCCUGACCCAGCUCCUGCUCCUCGGAGAGGGAGAGGAGCCGGGACAGCCCGGAGGCAGUGCGGUGGAAAGGCUGGAGCACUUCCUGGAGAGGGAAUACCAUGUGACGCAGAACUGUGCCGGAAUUGGCCAAGAUCCAGGCCUGAUGGGGAGAGUGGGCCGUGUUGUGCUGUGCGGCGAGAGAGACGGAGUGCUCUUCAGAGGCAUGAGUCUGAACCACAUCUGUUUGGAGCUGGAUGUUAUGUCGGGAAACUCUGCAGACUCUUACUCAGAAGGAGAAUCGGAAGGGGAGCAAGCAAAGGAGAAGCCAGAGUCCCCCACCAUUGCCCCCUCUCCAAAACCCACACCAACCUUGCUCUACGUCAGGAAGAGCAAGAACAACGGCCGAGUGGGACGGCCCAAAAAGAUCAAAAACGCCCAACCACUUGCUCCGCCUCCUCCUCCUCUCGUGCCAAUUAGCCGAAGGAGAGGCUCGGGGAAGCGUGGUGUUCUGAAGCGUCCCUGGUCCGAGGCAGAACGCGCGGCAGUGGAGGAACACCUGACUCAAAACAUCAACGAGCUCCGCGUGCCCGCCAAGGCCGACUGCGAGCGCUGCCUGCAACAGUGUCCUCUGCUGGUUAGCAACCAGCGGGACUGGCGGGCCAUUAAGUUUUACUGCCACAAUCGCAUUCAGCUGCUGAAGAAGAAUCAGCGGCGUGAAAGCGAGCCGCUGCCCCUCAUCGUGUGCUGAGAUAGGAGGCGAGUUGAGAGCGCGCGGCCACUGAUAUUAAGACAGCUAUUCAAAUUUCACAGCCCUUGAUUUCACUGACAGAAGAACCCUUCAAGAACAGAGUACAUGUUUUUUUUUACUUUUCUGCGGGUCAGACAGCAGUCUUGUUCAGGUGCCGUGUGGGGAACAGUACAUGACGACGACUGCAGCCGUUGUUCUAUACGGACGUCCCCUCAUGUGUAAACUGGUGCCACAUUUAAUCCCUACAGUGUUAUAUGAAGUAGCGUUAGAAAUUCACGCACCUGGAAGUUUUACACGGACAAACGCAUUUCUUUCGAUCGAGGCAAAGAAAGACGUUCAUUGUAAGCGCAAAAGAAUCCAAACACUAAUUUCUUCUAUUUGUGCAGUUGAGUUCAGUGUUAGAUUUUUGUUUGAUUAAAUUUAGUGUUAAUCUUAAAGGAAAGGUAAGUCAGAGGUACUACGUAUUCAAUCAACUGAAGUACAUUUUUCGAGGAUUUCCAGAGUUGAAGUUGUUGAUUUCCUGUGAGAGACAAUGAAAUGUGACAUCAGAAUGUUGAGUUUUGUUCAAAUUUCCACGAUCAGAACAUGAUCACAACCCCGUUUGGACUGUUGUGUGUCCACUCUCCGUUGUGCAAUCCUUUCACCAAGGAAUGCUGUUGUUGUUUUUGAAACGUGCUACAGUUUCACCCGAUAAGCUGGAUAUCACUUUGGAUGUAAAUAGGAGACUAGUGCUUGUGUUCAGUUUCUUCAAAAAUGGGCAGUUACGAAACUCUGAAAAGUGGUUGUUCUGGGUGUUCAUGUUUGUUACAAUGUCUGUCGUAUUCUCCCAUGGCUCCUUUUUCAGCUACAUCAAAUAUUUGCAUUGAACAAUCUCUUCAUCCAUCAUUUAAAAGCUCCUGUGAAAACCUAAGAUGGAUACUUGAAGUUUAUUCACACUUUUGCCGAAUCUGUAACGUCAGUUUUUGCUCCAGCCUUGCCAUUUACAUUGUAUAUAACAAAUAUAUUGUCACUAUAAAAAAUGCUAGACUAUAUGUAGCCUCCUUCAUUUCUGGGUCAUGACUACCUGUACAUUAUUCUCUUUUGUAAAUACUUCUCAGAGAAACAAAGGAAAAACCCAAAGUUUGACUUGCCUUGGUUGGUGUUAUGUUCUUUUUUUUGUUUCUUUUUAUAAGUCUUAUAAAACUUUAAAGCCC